AUGUCGAGUCCGUACUGGAACGCUAUGCUGCAGGCUUCUCGGGCUUUUCAGGCUCGUCAGGCUCUUCGAGCUCCUCAAGCUCCUCAAGCCCAGCAGCCACGGCAAGCUCCUGUUCUCCAGGCGCCCGCACAGGCUGAACAGCAUGUACAGCUCCAGCAGGUUCCGCAGGAUACAAUGCUGCUUAUGGUAAAGGACGGUGAAGACGCCGCAGCAGAGAACGGGGGGCAGGAUGAACAAGACGAGCAGGACGAAGAAGACGGGCACGAUGAGCAGGACAUGCAGGAUGGACAAGACGGGCACGAUGGACCAGACGGGCACGAUGAACCAGACGGGCAAGACGGACAGGAGGCUGAUGCUCCGCAUGAGCCAGAUGAUGAAAAUGUACCGCCGCCGCCGCCACCCGGGGAAGACUCGAAAGAGGAGGCCCGGUCGUUGAUCUGGAUCGACCAGAUAAUCCGGGAAGACGGGACUGUCUUCCCCGAGUCGGAAGUAGACUCGAUGUUCCAGCGCCCCGGACACCCCGAAUACAUGGUGAGCUGGAUGGAGGUCGGUUCGGCAACCGUCUGCCCGGUUGUGUACUGGGUCCAGCACCCAUACCCCGACUGGGACGCGGCGCCGGUCGAGGCGCUGGACCUGGAGUUCCGCCGGGUGCGGGCCUUGUAUCCCCCUAACGUGACUCUCCACGGCAUGAUUUUCCGGGGCCGCUGGGCUCGUCUAUACCGCGAGUUGAGGCCCUGGGCGGUCGGCGUCGACGCCCCAAUCCGCAACACCCUGGUGGUCCAGGAGAGCAUGGAGCUCAAUAUGAAGGAGGAGGCCGGGGUGCGGCACUUUGCUGCCUGGAGGUACUCCCUCCCUGAAAACGCCCUCCGGGAGUGGAAUGACUUUUCCGUGAUCUAUUGA